AAAGUCAGCAUUUCCUAAAGGAAGUUCAGUACAGAAACUGUCCUGUAAGCCAAAAUGAUGGCAAGAUGUUUAGUUGUGUUUAAUUCAACAGAUUGCUUUCCUACAGGACUUGUCAGAGCCUUUAACUUGUUAAUUUGUGCAGGGGAUCUUUAAAGGGAAAGAGAAGAAAGGUCGAUCCCAGCACCAUCUGUGACCAGGGACCACUGUGGUUGUGUUUGGCUGUGUGUAGGGGGCUUUUCAUGGCCCCACUGCUGGGCAGAGCAAGCCUCAGGAAAUGCAGAUAAGAGGUUAAGAACAAGCUGGGCCUUGGGUAGGGCAGACCUGGGGUGGAAUUCUGACUAGACUGCUUCCUAGUCAAGCAGGGUCCCUGAGUUCCCUGGCUGGAAAUGGGGUGAGGGCCUGGCCCUGUCCUGUUCACCUACACUGGAGGCUCUGAGGAGGGGCAGCCUGGUGGUCUUCUGCCCACUUUGCCUCCAGCUGAGUCCUGAGCAAUCUGGAGGGCUCAGAUUGCUUUCUGUUUGUCAGCAGGCCUGGGAGGCUGGGGACAAAAGCCAGUGCUGCCAGGGUGCUGCCCACAAACUUCCCCUGUCCAGACCAAUGUCCUUCCCAAUCAAUUUAUCCCUGGGCCGCUUCUGCCAGGCCCAGCUGAGCCUGACACUGGGUGUCAGCAGUGCUGCUACUCAGGCCCCCAACACCAUCUUGAGGUGGUGGCUACUGUUGUCUGCACCCCAGAGGCCAGUCCACUCAGGGCAGAGUGGAGCUGGGCCUUUCCUGCAGUGCUGUGGCUCCUGGCAGGGCUGGGUGGAGUAGCAAGAGCCUGUUCUGGACCCAUUCAGUUCUGCCAUCUUGAUGAUAGUUGCCACCCAGCGGUGGCUUUGUAGUGCCAGAUGAGAGCUCAGCACCCAGCCUGCAUGACCCCAUGGUGCCUCUACGGAGUCCUGUGUGGUCAGACUGCUUUUCCCUCUCCUUUUCCCAAAAGAGGAAACUGAGGCACAGAGGUCAUGCAGCUUAGACCUGAUAGAUUUGGGUUUUUUUUCCUAUUAGGAAUUUUCUAAUUGCACAAGCAAUAUGACAAUAGAAAUAGAAACUGAAAACGAGAAGUGAGACAGUCACUCCAUCAAAGCAAGCUUUGUUUUUCUGGGUCCUAGUCCUGUCCUCAUCUGUUCAGGCUAAGGCCUUGACCUUGUGGAUAUUUCACAGGCUGCCGCACACUUUUGGACAGCUACCUACUAGCUGAGAACUCACAUGUCUAGUCAGACCAUCCUGGAUGCCCAGGAAGACUCUGGCAGUGGAGUGAGAAAGGCCUGGUGACUGGAACAGUGCGGCCUCAUUACCCAUGAUGCUGCAGGCCCCAGGGGCCCCUGCCCAGCCCCACAUGCCAGCUCUGGAGAAGCCAGAGGCCUAGGCCCACAGAGGAGGGCGUCGGCAGACAGAUGACCCCCAGACUGCGGGGGCUCCUGAGUGGGCUGCUGGGCCAGGGUGCUGGAGAGGAGGAUGCCAGCCAAGGGGCGCUACUUCCUCAACGAGGGCGAGGAGGGCCUGGACCAGGCCACACUCUAUGAGAAGUACCGGCUCACCAGCCAGCAUGGGCCACUGUUGCUCGUGCUCCUUGUGGUGGCCGUCGCUGCCUGCAUUGCGCUCAUCGCCAUCACCUUCAGCCAUGGGGACCCCUCUGGACACCAGGCCAUCCUGGGCACUGCGUUCUUCUCUCUUGCGGUGUUUGUGGUUCUCUAUGUGCUUGUGUACAUUGAGUGCCUCUUGCGGCAUGGCCUCCGGAUCUUGGCGCUGCUCACCUGGGCCUGCCUGCUGAUGCUGGGCUAUGUGCUGGUGUGGGACUCCUGGAAGAAGGUGGCCUGUGCGUGGGAGCAGGUGCCCUUCUUCCUGUUCAUCGUCUUUGUGGUGUACACACUGCUGCCCCUCAGCAUGCGGGGAGCCAUCGCGGUGGGGGUUCUCUCCACCAUUUCCCACCUCCUGGUGUUCGGGGUUCUGACGGGGACCUUGUCAACGCCCUGUAUCCCAGUGGAGCUGCAGCUGUUGGCCAAUGCUGUCACCUUCCUCUGUGGGAACUUCACGGGUGCCUUCCAUAAGCACCAGAUGCAGGACGCCUCCCGGGACCUCUUCACCUACACUGUCAAGUGCAUCCAGAUCCGUCGGAAGCUACGCAUGGAGAAGCGCCAGCAGGAGAACCUGCUGCUCUCGGUGCUGCCUGCGCACAUCUCCAUGGGCAUGAAGCUAGCCAUCAUUGAGCGGCUCAAGGAGCAUGGGGACCGCCACCAUGCGCCCGAUAACAACUUCCAUAGCCUGUAUGUCAAGAGGCACCAGAACGUCAGUAUCCUGUACGCAGACAUUGUAGGCUUCACACGGCUGGCCAGCGACUGCUCCCCCAAGGAGCUGGUGGUGGUGCUGAAUGAGCUCUUUGGCAAGUUUGACCAGAUCGCCAAGGCCAAUGAGUGCAUGCGGAUCAAGAUCCUGGGUGACUGCUACUACUGCGUGUCGGGCCUGCCCGUGUCCCUGCCCACCCACGCCCGCAACUGCGUGAAGAUGGGGCUGGAUAUAUGUGAAGCCAUCAAGCAGGUGCGGGAGGCCACAGGCGUGGACAUCAGCAUGCGUGUGGGCAUCCACUCGGGGAAUGUGCUGUGUGGGGUUAUCGGGCUUCGCAAGUGGCAGUACGACGUGUGGUCACACGAUGUAUCCCUGGCCAACAGGAUGGAGGCGGCCGGAGUCCCUGGGCGGGUGCACAUCACAGAGGCGACAUUGAACCACUUGGACAAGGCGUACGAGGUGGAGGAUGGGCAGGGGCAGCAGAGGGACCCCUACCUGAAAGAGAUGAACAUCCGCACCUACCUGGUGAUUGACCCCCGGAGCCAGCAGCCACCCCCGCCCAGCCACCACCUCUCCAAGCCAAAGGGGGACGCGGCCCUAAAGAUGAGGGCUUCAGUGCGUGUGACCCGCUACCUUGAGUCCUGGGGAGCAGCAAGGCCCUUUGCACACCUCAACCAGCGGGAGAGUGUGAGCAGCAGUGAGACCCUGCUCCCCACUGGGCGGAGGCCCAAGGCCAUUCCCCUGAGGCGCCACCGGACCCCUGAUAGGAGCGCGUCCCCCAAAGGGCGCUCAGAGGAUGACUCAUAUGAUGAUGAGGUGCUGUCGGCCAUCGAGGGGCUCAGCUCUACCAGGCCCUGCUGCUCCACAUCUGAUGACUUCCAUGCCUUCGGAUCCAUCUUCCUGGAGAAGGGCUUUGAGCGUGAGUACCGCCUGGCACCUGUGCCCCGGGCCCGCUAUGACUUCGCCUGCGCCGGCCUUGUCUUCAUCUGCAUCUUGCUUGUCCAUGCCCUGGUGAUGCCCAGGAUGGCAGUUCUGGGUGUGUCUUUUGGGCUGGUGGCCUGCCUGCUGGGGCUGGUGCUAGGCCUGUGCUUUGCCACUGAGUUCUUGAGAUGCUGCCCAGCCCGAGGGACACUGCGGUCCAUCUCUGAGAGGGUGGAGACGCAGCCCCUGCUGAGGUUGUCUCUGGCCGUGCUGACCAUCGGCAGCCUGCUCACAGUGGCCAUCAUCAACCUGCCACUGAUGCUUGACUCAGCUCUGGGGCUGCCUGCUGAAAAUGAGACGGGCCUACCAGCUGCAAGAAGCAAGGACAGGGCCCUGUGCGCGCUCCUUCCAUACUACACCUGCAGCUGCAUCCUGGGCUUUAUUGCCUGCUCGGUCUUCCUGCGGAUGAGCCUGGAGCUGAAGGUCAUGAUGCUGACAGUGGCCUUGGUGGCCUACUUGGUGCUCUUCAACCUCUCCCCAUGCUGGCAGUGGGACCACCAUGCCCACAACCCAGGCAACCUCACGGAGACCAACAGCACCAUCAGCAGCACCCUGGACUGUUCGCCAAGGGACCUGAAGACUAUGAUCAACUUCUACUUGGUCCUGUUCUAUGCCACCCUCGUCAUGCUGUCCAGACAGAUUGACUAUUACUGCCGCUUGGAUUGUUUGUGGAAGAAGAAGUUCAAGAAGGAACAUGAGGAGGUUGAGACCAUGGAGAACGUGAACCGCCUUCUCCUGGAGAAUGUCCUGCCUGCCCACGUGGCUGCUCACUUCAUUGGGGACAAGUUGAAUGAGGACUGGUAUCAUCAAUCCUAUGACUGUGUCUGCGUCAUGUUUGCGUCUGUGCCAGACUUCAAAGUGUUCUAUACUGAGUGCGAUGUCAACAAAGAGGGGCUGGAAUGCCUGCGAUUGCUGAAUGAGAUUAUCGCUGACUUUGACGAGCUGCUGUUGAAGCCUAAGUUCAGUGGUGUAGAGAAGAUCAAGACUAUUGGCAGCACCUACAUGGCAGCUGCAGGACUCAGUGUCCCUUCGGGGCACGAGAACCAGGACCUGGAGCGGCAGCACACGCACAUAGGCGUCAUGGUGGAGUUCAGCAUCGCCCUGAUGAGCAAGCUGGAUGGCAUCAACCGGCAUUCCUUCAAUUCCUUCCGUCUCCGUGUUGGCAUAAACCAUGGGCCUGUGAUUGCUGGAGUAAUCGGGGCACGAAAGCCUCAGUAUGAUAUCUGGGGAAACACAGUCAAUGUUGCCAGCCGCAUGGAAAGUACUGGAGAACUCGGCAAAAUCCAGGUUACUGAAGAGACAUGCACCAUCCUUCAGGGACUAGGUUACUCUUGUGAGUGCCGGGUGAUCAACGUCAAAGGCAAAGGCGAGCUGCGGACUUACUUUGUGUGCACAGACACUGCCAAGUUUCAAGGGCUGGGGCUGAACUGAGGGCUUCUUGUGGUCAGUCUCCUUCCCUGAGUGAGCCAAGGAGAAGACUCAGCCCUGUGCCUAUCAUGACAGCAUUCAAAGGUUCCGGCCAACACCACCUCCGGGCAGAUGGCUGUGUGUGGCUUCUUUGGAUUUGCACUAGAGGAUUGCUCAGAUCAUACUUGAAGCAGCCACUGAGCUAUGACAAGUGGUGGCAGCCAGAACCCCUGUGCUGUCACUCUUGCUGUAUCUAGGUCAUGCUGGCUGUGUUUGUAACUUUGAGAAUUUCAUUCCAGCAUGGUGGGAAGAUGACCUCAGAGCAUGACCAAGACAGACAUCCUGUGGCCUGUAAGCACGCACAAGGGAGACCAAUGCUUUUGAGGUCAAAAGAGGGCUAAGCCAGGUUGUCUAGCAUGGGGUGAAGUCUUCCUUCUCCUUAGCAGGUCCACCCAUGGGAUUUUCACAUGGGAAUUCUGGUAAAUGGAGUUGAAAAGGGUGUUUUAUAUCAGCAAAUAGUUUCAGACAGUAGAGAAAAUCUCUUCUCUCUGGUGUAUUAUUUCUUUAACCACUGACUACAUGUAAAUAAAGACUACUGUCCACUGUCACUUUAUGGGAUUAGCCUGGCUAAGGGGACAGAGUUCUGAGGAACGUGGCUCACAGCAAGAAGGCAAGAAGCUUCCGGUAACUUUGACACAAACCUCCUGGAUUUGUGUCAGUAAGUUCAAAUCCUAGAAAUAAGAUACCUUUCAGCUCUUUUUGACUAUGCAUGCAUUCUGAGCUCUCCCCAGCAGUCUUCAAAUAUGUCUU